GACAACUUAGGAGAUUGCUCUAUUGCUGAAGCCGAACAACUGUUGUCCGGCCAACUCAAUCUGGCCGCCUCGCUAAUCUUUCACUCCUGAUACUCUCCCUUCCUUUGAGGGGAUAUCCAAGAUUUUUGCGCGCACUUGGAAGCUGUUCAACCGGAGUCCCCAAGCACUCCAGCGUCGCUCGUUUCCACCUCCACCGCAUAGCCCACCUUCUCCCCAUGCACCAAAGUUCAGUCUAUCUUUAGGCGACCGUCCUCGAUCGAUUUCGUCUGACCUCGACAGCCUCAGAAUGGCUUUCAAUUUCGGGGCUUCCAACCCCGCUGCUGGAGGGCCUGCAGCUGAGUUGGGACCCGAGCUCCCGGAUGUUAUUGCUGAUGAGGUCGGUUUCAAAGGUGUUUCCGGUGAUAGCAAUGUCCGGUUCCUUCCUACCACCUGGCCUGAAGAUGCCCUUCCAGCUCCAACAAGCUCCCUUCUGGCUGUCGCGCCGACCAAAGGAAUAGUGGCCGGUGCCGCCCCGAACUCGCUUGUUAUCGCGUCGUCGGACGCAGUGCGAAAGGCCAUCGGCGCAACGACCGGGGAAAGCAAAGUCAAGACUAAACCCUUCGAACCACAAGCGACUCUACCCCUUCCUGCGCGACCUACACAUGUGGCUUUCGCCUCUGGCGACAAUGCCUUAGUCUUAGCGACCGAAAAUGGCGCGGAACUUGCGGUCUAUCAGACUGCGACUCUGCUGACGGGAAACCCGCAGCCUGCCUUGGCCAUCCCGAUGAACGGCACAACCCUUCGCGCCAUGGCACCCAAUCCUACACCGUCAGAAGAUAUCCUUUCAUCUCUGGUCGCACUAGUCACAGCAAAUGGCGAGCUUUUGAUUGCCGAUUUGAAAGGAGCGAGUCUAAUCCGGGGACCUAGCGGGCAGGUACUCAGGACCGGAGUAAGCUCCGUAUGCUGGAGUAACAAAGGGAAACAGCUUGUGGCUGGUCUUGCAGAUGGAACAGCAGUUCAACUAACUCCUGACGGUACCCAAAAGGACGUAAUACCCCGCCCUUCUGACCUGGAAGGCGAUUGUCACGUGUCGUCCAUUGCCUGGCUUGAAAAUGACAUAUUCUUGAUGGUAUAUACGCCAAAUGCGACCGAAGAUGAUAUGGGUCAGACGCCUUCGUCUUCGUACUAUAUCAUCACCAGAAGAAAAGGCGCACCGUUCCUGGUCCAGAAGAUGCCGGAACUGUGCAUGCCAUUUGGUGUGAACCGCGCCCCAGCCUACCAGUUUAUUGCGCGUCUGAGGGACUACAAGCCGCACUUGAAAGACAUCCUAAUCGUAUCUUCAACAGCAUCUACAGAUAUAGGUCUUAUCACCCGGUCCGAUCAACCACUAGCUAGCGAUGACGCUGCCAAAGGCACCGUGGGUCUCUUUACAACAACAGAGGUCAAUGACGACACAAAGAGAGCCUCACUCCCUUUAAAUGAGGCCACUAGUGAAACUUCAGUAAUUGGAUUAGGGGUUGACCUCUCUAGCACCGAACCUGUGGUUUCCCCAAUCCAAGGCGAAGACAUUGCGGAAAGUUCCACGCCUCUGCCCAAUCUCUUCCUCUUGAACAACGAAGGCAUACUGUGCUCUUGGUGGAUCAUAUAUUCAGAGUCUAUUCGCCAGAAACUGCCCUACCAUGGUCUGGUCUCGGUAAGCCCGCAACAACCGACACCGCAAGCACAAGCACCAGAACCAGCGCAGCCCACCACGCGGCCUGCGUUCGGACAGCCUGCAUUUGGACAGUCGGCCUUUGGCAGCCCUUCGGCAAUGGGUUCGUCGCCGUUUGGCAAACCUUCUGCUGCCCCAGCGUUUGGCAGCCCCUCAGCUCUAGGUAGCCGACAACCUGCCUUUGGAACGCCAUCGGCUCCCAGUGGCCCAUCAUUUGGAUCGCCAUCCCAGAUUAAACCUUCAUUCGGCGCGCCUAGUACUCUGGCGCGCGCAACGCCCCAAUUUGGCCAGUCGGGCUUUGGAGCAAGUGCUGCGCCCAGCUUUGGGCAACCGUCCACACCAGGUAAACCGCUCUCUUUCGGUACGCCCAGCGCUACCCCAGGAGGAGGAUUUGGCUCGUUUGCGAAUGCAGGAGGAUUCUCCAGCUUUGCGGCACCCAAACCGGCAACAGAAUCUCCCUUUGCGAAAGCCGCCGGCGAAUCUCCUUUCGGUAAACCUGUCACUGAAUCACCUUUUGGCAAGGUUUCAACCGAGAGUCCUUUUGCGAAGCCUUCAGGCCCAUCGAUUUUCGGCACCCAGGCUCAGACCGACACAGCCUUCACACCUCAGAAGGCGGACGAAUCUAAGGGUGGCUUUGGCGCCUCAAGCAGCUUCGUACUUGGUUCCACUUUUAAGGGCGACGGCACUGCUGUCAAUGACGGUCCAAAGCCUGAAAAGGCAUCUGGGUUAUUUUCCUUUGGCACGUCUCUGGACGAUAUGAUCUCCACACCUGAUAAGACCAGUCCGCCAACAGAAUCGAUGGACGACACCGAAGAUCAGCCUGUGGUGACCCAACCUGAGAAGCCAGCAGCCAAGGAGCCUUCAACAUCAGUGUUUGGCGCGCCCUCUAAAAUAGAUACCUCAAAAACGACGUCGAUAUUCGGUUCUCAGACGCAACCUCAGCCAGCGACACAAACCAACAAGUCUCCCUUCUCCUUGUUCGGAAACGCCGCUGCGGAGAAACAGGUAACCAGUCCCCUCUCUCCACAAUCGGAAAAGACAACUGUCGCUAGCUUAACGCCCAAAGCGGAGAAAAUCUCUAUUGCCGAACCGCCUCUCCCUCCUGACCCAACAAGCAGGGCCGCGUAUGGCCCAGGCGAUACCUCUGCAUCUUCCAACGUCUCUAAGAGCUCGGUCGAAGAUGUCAAACUGGAAGCACCGCUCCCACCUGAUUUCACGAGCGGGAUCACAGGCAAAGCGGUAAAGCCUGCGGCAGACGAGGCUCCAUUCCCUCCUGAACCAGCAGCUCCUGAGUCACCUGCUGCAUCUGACGAGGAGGCUGGGCCACUGCCUGAAGAAUCAGACGUGGAUGAGUCCGAAAAAGAGCCGAGUGAGGGGGCUGACGAAUCUGACUUCGCUGAUAGCGGAGAGGAAAUCACCCAUGACAUUGAUGAAGAAGAGGAAGAGCCUGAAGCCACUGGCCAGACACCGAAGAUUUCACCAGAGAGUUCUUUUGGGACUGGCAUCUCCGAACAAAGUCCCGCCGGAGGGUUGUUCUCUCGCAUUUCCAGGCCCGGACAACAACAACCGCCGCGCCAGUUGUUUGGGGAGAUUGCUAAACCCAUGUUCCCACCGAAAACUCAUGUCGACCGCGAACCCCGAGAUCGCCUAGUCCAUGCUCCGCAAAUUCCGGGUAGCACGCUUGCUGCCCGUAAGGCUGCUUUGACCGAGGCAGCUCUGGGUGAUCAACGUCUCCGACAGGAAUCUGACCGCACAGCCCGUGAACAGCAGGCCCGCUUGAAGAUUCAAGCUCAAAGAGAGGAAGAAGAAGCAUUGUCCCUUUCCGACGAUGACGAAGAUGAGAGACUUCGCGCGGAUCUUGCCCAACCACUCGAGCCUGUUCCAACACUUGACCCCUUCCUGCCGCACCAGGACUAUAUGGGUCAAACCACAAAGCCAGGAAUUCCCGGUCAAAUCGAGAGGUUAUACCGUGACAUCAACUCAAUGAUUGAUACGCUAGGCAUCAACUCUCGAGCUCUGUCGUCCUUCCUUCUAUAUCAACAAUCGCCGCGAGACUCCGAGAGAUGGAUACAAACCCUGAAGACUGAUCACCCAGCCGACGUUUUAGACGAGGAGGUACUUCUCGGAGAAAUCGAAAAGCUCGACGAUGCUGUGCUUAUGCUUGCCAAUUCUCUCCAAGAGCAGCGGGUGCAACGUGUGGAGGAGAAGCUUGAGACCUGCCGCGAAUUACUGAGCAAAGACAUUCUCACGCUCAGAGGCCAGUGUGCAAGCAUUCGGAAGACUCUUGACGCUCAUACUGACACUGCCGCGAUCCUUUCUGCACCUCUUUCCGCGGAGCAAGCGAACCUCCAGCAAGACCUCCGGUCUGCGUUCACAAACCUGCAAGCGAGUCUGGCGGACUUGGAAUCUGCAGUAUCAAUAUUGCGGGCUAAGAUUGCAGAAGCCCCUCGGCCAGACAGCAGCCGCCAGCCAACGAAGCGCCCUACUGUGGAAGCUGUGACAUCUACAAUCGCAACUAUGAUGAACAUGGCCGAGAGCAAGAGCAGCGAUAUUGACGUUCUGGAAAUUCAAUUGAAAAAGCUCGGGAUCGAUACAACAGGCUCUCCGGCCAGCCGAGAAGGGUCCCCAUUUGCCACACCGAAAAAGGCGUUGGCAAGAUUUCCUACGACGCCUGGUUCUCGGGGGUCUAUUGACGGGCCUCUCAGUGCAUAUCACACUCCAGACUCCGCAGGCAGAUUCCGAUCGAGCGUCAACGGGUCAGCCAAGGCCAGCCGGCUUCGGAAUAUCGAAGGCGUUGGCGAACUGGCCACCAAGGAGGAGACGGCACAAUGGAAGAGCAAAUCGUUGCGUAGGCAACAUAUUAUUGGCAAUUUGAAGAAGGUGAUUGAAGCAAAGAAAUCCAAGGUCCGGGGUGUGGAUGAUUUGUAG